CACUUACUGGGAAAUUGACUGACAAGUCGGACCUCUUCUCCUUUGGGGUCGUGCUUCUAGAGUUAAUGACUGGUCGCCGACCUAUUGAUAAAGCUCAUUUCUAUCUGGAUGGUAAUAUUGUUGAUUGGGCAAGGCCAUUGCUGACACAGGCUCUGGAGGAUGGCAACUUUGAUGCGAUAGCUGAUCCAAGGAUGCAGAAGAAUUAUGACUCUACUGAGAUGGCUCGAGUGGUUGCUUGUGCUGCUGUAUGUGUGCGUCAUUUGGCAAGGCACAGACCACAAAUGAGCCAGAUUGUCCUAGUUUUGGAAGGAAAUUUGUCUAUCGAUGAUUUGAAUGAUGGUGUUGCUCCCGGACACAGCUCAAUUUAUGGUUCUUAUGGAAGCUCAGAUUAUGACACUGCCCACUACAAAGAGGACUUGAAAAAAUUCAGGAAGAUGACAUUAGAAAUCCCAGUGCACAAUUUAAGUGAAUGGAGUGGACCUACCAGUGAGUUUGGUUUGCUACCAUCCCAUUCAAGCAGCGAAGGUCUACAAACUACUCAAGAGAUUGGCUCAAGUAAUGAAGGUAAACAAACGAUACAUAAACCGUAA